GCAGGUCCUCUCUCUCUCUCCUGCUAUAUUAUCAUAAAAAGGGGGCUUUUGGUUUGAAGACCCGAUCAGAAAGAAAGAAUAUCAGAAAGGCCAACUGAGAAGACCGAAAGAACUUAUUCUUUUCUCCCCAAAUAUGGAGUUUGCUGCUAGAUCUGGUGAUGAUGGAGGUGAUUCACCACUCAAGGAAGAGAAGAAGAGAAGUGAUGAGUAUACUGAUGAUGAUGGUGGAAGCCAUGGUGAUCAUCAUGAUCAUGCUCCUUCUAAUAAGCAAGACACAAUAAUUGUCAAGGAGCCGCCACACAUGAAUAAGACUGAUAACAACACUGAAAAAUCCAUGGCGGAAGAAGCUUCUGGAACAAGCGCGCUAUUGGCAGCCAAAAAGGAAGAGGUUAUUGAUAAACAACUUGAAAGCACUAAGGCUGAAAUGGGUGAGGUUCGAGAGGAGAAUGAACGGUUAAAGAUGUCGUUGAACAAGAUCAUGAGCGAGUACCGAAUGCUUCAAAUGCAGUUUCACAACAUAGUUAACAACAAGCAUGAAGAUAAUCAAGAAACAAUAAUGGAGGAAGCAGACCUAGUUUCGCUCAGCCUUGGAAGAGUUCCAGUUCCAAGAAGAAGCAAUGAAGAAGAUAAAAAAGUCUCUGAUAGUAACAAGAGGAAGAAGGAGGAUGAAGAUGAUGAAGAAUUGAAUGAGGAAUUGGCACUUGGAUUGGACUGCAAGUUCGAAACUUCGAAAUCGGGGAGCACAACGGAAGCUACCAAUUUUCCGAAUAAUAGUAACAAGGAAGAAGGUGGUGAGAGUACAUGGCCACCACCAGCAAGCAAGGCCAGAGAAGGUGGUGGCAGCGGCGGCGGUGGUGGUGCGGCAUCGGCAUCUGCAUCAGUUGUAGAAGAUGAAGUAUCCCAACAGAAUAAUAAUCCUGCUGCCAAGAAAGCUAGAGUUUGCGUCAGGGCAAGAUGCGACACCCCGACUAUGAAUGAUGGGUGUCAAUGGAGGAAAUAUGGACAAAAGAUUUCCAAGGGAAACCCAUGCCCUCGAGCUUACUAUCGUUGCACAGUUGCACCCUCGUGUCCCGUUAGGAAACAGGUGCAAAGGUGUGCGGAGGACAUGUCGAUUCUAAUCACCACCUAUGAAGGGAACCACAACCACCCUCUCCCUCUCACAGCCACUGCCAUGGCUUCUACAACCUCCGCCGCCGCAUCCAUGUUACUUUCCGGCUCCUCAACCUCACACACUAUGGCUCCCACAAACACGGCCACCGCGGCCGCAGCCGGCAACCUCCACGGCCUGAACCUCUACCUCCCAGACGGCUCAAAAUCAAGACAAAUAUACGUCUCAAACCCCGCACUAUCAUCCACACCAUCACACCCAACAAUAACCCUUGACCUCACUUCUUCAAACCCUAAUUUGAAUAAUAAUAAUUCCUCAUCUCCAUUUGUUAGGUUUUCUUCAAACUACCCUAACCAACCAAUCAGAUACCCUUCUUCCACAAGCCUUAGCUUCAGUACUUCCAACGAUCCCAAUCCACUUUCUUGGAGCAAUAAUGGAUUCCUCAGUAGCUACAAUAGUACUCAUCAUCAACCAUUCAACAGAAGCAUCAACAUGCUCAGUAAUAAUAAUUUGAACUUCGAAAGGCAACAACAACAACAAACAAUGGAGAACUUCUAUCAGUCUUUCAUGCAAAGGAACAACAGCAAGAACGCAUCAUCAUCAUCAUCAUCAUCAUCAUCAUCAUCAGAUCCUAUUGCCGCUGCAACAAAAGCAAUAACAGCGGAUCCCAGUUUUCAAUCGGCUUUGGCUGCGGCCUUGUCUUCGUUCAUUGGUGGCGGCAGCGGCAUUGGAAGCACACAUCAUCAAGGGAAUAAUUAUAACCAAGUUGGUGGUGGUGGUGGUGAUGGAGAAAACAGUAAUAAGAUGAAAUUUUCAGAGCUGUUUCCAGUUUCCUCUACCUUGGCUUCGAGUUCGAAAGUCAUCAAUAAUAGUAAUAAUGGCGGAUGUGGUUCGAGCUUCUUGAACAAAACGCAACCAACAAAAACAACACAGAAUAAUGGAAGCUUCAUGUUUCUUCCACCUUCUUUGCCAUUUUCUUCUUCUCCAAAGAGUGCUUCUGCAUCUCCCGGUGAUAAUGGAGGUGAUGAUCAUAGAUCAUCAUGAUAUAUCAAUAAACCUAGUUAGCUUAUAGAUAUUUAUUUGUUUGAAUAUAUUUUUCUUUUGAGGUAUGGUAUUUGUAUAUAACAAUGUUGAUGACAUGUGGUAUAUAUGGAUAUGACUUAUUACAAGGUUCAAAAAGAUAUUGGAGUAGUUUUAAUGACUAAAA